AAAACGAAAGUGAUCUAUAUGUGCCUUGGUUGAUAUCAAACAAAAGUCACAAUUUUGUUUGAAAACAAUCUGGAUGGAAUGGCGGACAGUACACAUUUUGAAUUGUCCAAAAACUGUGAGAAUCAUCCAGAUCAAAAUGUUGUAAAGUACUGCUGUCAACAUGACAAGCUUAUCUGCGAUUCAUGUCUUCCAGUAUCACAUCAGAAUUGCAAGUCUAUCAUUUCGAUUGAAAAAGCUGCUAAAGGCGUGAAAGAUGGAACCGCUAUUUAUGAUCUAGAGGGAAGGAUGUCCAACCUAUGUCAGGUUACAGAGAACAUAAGUAGUAAAAGGGAGACAACACUUGUAGAUUUAGAAAAAAAUCGAAACAAAAUCAAGAAAAGGGUGUCGGAAAUCAAACAGAACAUUUUUGCUCAUUUAGAUAGGUUAGAAGCGGAGCUGCAUAGAGACAUUGAUUCUAAGUAUAAAAUAUGUAUUGAGAUGAUGUCACGAAACCAAAAUAGCAUCCAAUCGAGCUUAGACUCACUGUCUACAUGGAAAAGUGAUCUUAAAUCACUGAAGCAACAUUCAUCAGAAAUCUAUUUAUUCCAAGUAAUAAAAUUUCUAGAUGCGAAAACAUACCAGAAAGAAUUGGAAAUCAGAGAAAUCCAAACAGCUACUAUUCCGAUACUUACAUAUAAUCCGUCAGAGUUCGAGUCGAACAUUAGUGAACUAAUCCCAGACUUCGGUACAAUAACGGUAGAAAAUGUGCAAAUUCAAAUGCCUUUACUAGAUAUUGAUCAACAAGGUCAAUUUCUGGUUAGGGACGAGAGAAAGUUAUCACUGAAACAUUCAUUCCCGACCAAGAAAUUUGGUAACGGAUUAUAUAUCAAAAGUGGAUGCUUUAUUCCUGAUGAUAGAUUACUACUUUGUCGAUACACGGAUAAACAACUUUUUGUUUGUAAACUUGAUGGAUCAAAAUCUAGCAUGAUUGAUUUGGAUAAUGAAAUAUUCAGUAUAUGCUUAUAUGACAAAACCCACGCUGUAAUAUCUGUUGGUGAAGCAGGUAUCCAGAUCAUCGACCUGACAUCAUUGAAGCCUGGUAGGAGAAUUAAAGUUAAAGGAAACUGUAGCGGAAUCACCAGUGUAAAGGAUAAGAUCUGGGUAAACAAUAAACCUUACACUCUAACAAUUGUGGAUAUCGAUGGUAAAGUUCUUAAAGUAGUACGAACAACAUUUAAUCCUUGGGAAAUCUGUGCCAAUCAAGAUGGUGAUGUCUAUUGUACUGACAAAGAAAGUGAUAAAGUAUAUGUCGUUACAUCGGAUGGAAAAGAACGUGAGAUAUACAACAGUCCUGACAUGAGAACGGUUGCUGAUGUUGUAGCUGUAGAUGACCGUGGUGAUGUGUAUGUAGCAGGAUGUGUAUCAAACAACAUACAUAGAAUAUCUAAUGAUGGACAGAAAAAUGACAUUGUCUUGUCAGCAGACGAUGGUAUCUUUGAACCGACCGGUUUAUCUUACAACAAUGAAACAAAAGAACUGUUCGUCCUAAACAACAGACAUAAAUCUAUCAACAUUUAUAAAACACAAUGA